CUGAGCCAGGCCUGGAACAUGUCCUCCACAGAGAGGGACGUAAAGGACACUUGAUCAUUACAGUCCUUGGAAUUACUUCCAGGAAACACUUCCAGAAGCCGUUCGGGAGCACCCUUCCCCUGGCGGCACACCCAGGGACGGCUAGGAAAUGAGCACUUCUCUGAAUUACAAGUCUUUCUCCAAAGAGCAGCAGACCAUGGAUAACUUAGAAAAGCAACUGAUCUGUCCCAUCUGCCUAGAGAUGUUCACCAAGCCCGUGGUCAUUCUCCCGUGCCAGCAUAACCUGUGCAGGAAGUGCGCCAGUGACAUCUUCCAGGCCUCUAACCCGUACUUACCCACAAGAGGAGGCACCACCGUGGCGUCGGGGGGCCGCUUCCGCUGCCCCUCUUGCAGACAUGAAGUGGUGUUAGACAGGCAUGGGGUCUAUGGACUACAGAGGAACCUGCUUGUCGAGAACAUCAUUGAUAUCUACAAGCAGGAAUCCACCAGGCCAGAAAAAAAGUUGGACCAGCCCAUGUGUGAGGAGCAUGAAGAGGAACGCAUCAACAUCUACUGUCUGAACUGUGAAGUGCCCACCUGCUCCCUGUGCAAGGUUUUUGGCGCUCAUAAGGACUGCCAGGUGGCUCCCCUGACCCAUGUGUUCCAGAGGCAGAAGUCAGAGCUCAGUGAUGGUAUUGCUGUACUUGUGGGAAGCAACGACAGAGUCCAGGGUGUGAUCAGCCAGCUGGAGGACACCUGUAAAACUAUUGAGGAGUGCUGCAGAAAGCAGAAACAGGACCUGUGUGAGAAGUUUGAUCACCUGUAUAGCAUCCUGGAGGAGAGGAAGACCGAAAUGACCCAAGCCAUCACCCGAACACAGGAAGAGAAACUGGAGCAUGUCCGAACUCUUAUCAGAAAGUAUUCUGAUCACCUGGAGAAUGUAUCAAAGUUGGUGGAGUCAGGAAUCCAGUUCAUGGAUGAGCCAGAAAUGGCAGUGUUUCUGCAGAAUGCCAAGACCCUGUUGCAAAAGAUCACAGAAGCAUCGAAGGCGUUUCAGAUGGAGAAAAUAGAACAAGGUUAUGAGAUCAUGAACAACUUCACAGUCAACCUCAAUAGAGAAGAAAAAAUUAUCCGUGAAAUUGAUUUUUCUAGAGAAGAGGAAGAUGAAGACGAUGAAGGAGAAGUAGAUGAAGAAGGAGAAGGAGAGGAUGCAGUAGAAGUAGAAGAGGCAGAAAAUGUUCAAGUAGCAUCAUCAGGAGAAGAGGAGACUCUGGAAAAAGCUGCAGAGCCCUCUGAGCUGGCUGCAGAGAUCCAGGCUGCCUCAGGGCCACUACUUGCUUCCUCUCCAGAUUCAGUUUCAUCCCUGCCACCUGCUGCAGAUGUCCUGGUGACACAGGGGGAGGUGGUGCCCACUGACUCUCAGCAGACCACACAAUCUGAAACUUCAGGCCCUUCAGCAGCGGAAACUGCGGAUCCCUUGUUUUACCCUAGUUGGUAUAAAGGCCAAAGCCGGAAAAUGAUCUCCAACCCACCUCACACUCCUGGGGGUGAAGGUCUGAGUCAAAUAGGGCCUUCGGCUGCUGAGGAUUCCAGUGUGCAGUCCGCAGAAGUAGCAGAAGCCGCAGCCAAUGAGCAGGCAGCAGUGAGUGGUAAGGAGUCUAGUUCAACUGCAGCUACCUCUCAGGAGUUAGCAAUCUGCCUAGCACUUCUGGCUUUUCUUAUUCUCCACUACAUCUGGAGUCAGAUUCAGUGCUUGAUUUUUGCUUUAAUGGAUUGGAUUUGAGGCCUCUUCUCCCCAGGGACAGGCUGCAGCCUUGGGGAGUGGGGGUGGGGCUGAUUCUGAGCCAGCUCGCCACGUCUUCUCCUUCUCCUGGUUGAAUUCCCUAAAUGAAUGAUAUUUAUUCUCCUUGCUGCCCCCUGUCUGCCUGGCUGAGAAGCACAUAGGGAAACCUGGUGGAAAUUCACCGUGAUGCAUACGAAGGGGACCUCUGGACAGGAUUUCUAAAACCAAAACAAAACAAGAACAACACCCUUUAAUUCCAGAUGACUUAUCUAACUUGUUGAGAAAAUGAUUAUGCUCAGAACAAAAAUUACAGAAAAUACUCUGAUGAAGAAACUUGAUCUUAUGCUUUUAUUGGGUGAGAAACAUUCUGAAGGGUGUGUAGGUGUGGUGCGUGUACACAUCAGCUGUGAGUGGCGAGCGGUUACAAACUGGCAGAACACUCUCCUCUCUCUGGGCUUCUUGUUAUUUUCGGACACUCGUGCCUUUUGCUUUUCUCCUUAGCAUUGCAGGUGGUAGGUGACAUUCAGUGUCAGUUCAGAACUGACCCAUUUAUCAAAAUAUGGAGAUUGGUCACUGACCAAAGCUAUGUAGAAUGCUAUAGAGGUUCCUCUUCCCUACAGAUGUCACAGGAUGUACAGCCAGAAGUUUUCUUUACAUGUGGCCACACUUCCAUAGUCCAGAAGGCCAAAGGUCUAGGGCAAUUCUUUAGACAUUUUUCUAAUACUAUUUACAUAUCUCAUAAUCUUAUAUCCAUGUAACAGCCACUUUAAUUGAAGACUUUCUGGGAGGAACUGUCUACUUUCUUAUGUGUCUGCCAUAGCAGCAAUUCAGCAAACUGUGGAACAACUGCAUGUAUUUAAAUAUACACACAGUCUCCCCCUGUGCGCUUUCUCUCUCCCUCUCCCUCUCCUCUCUCUCCCCUCUCUCCCUUCUCUCUCUCCAUGCUUUCAUCACAUACGUGUAACGUUACUUUAAAUGAACUCCUAAAUAAAUGUUUUUAAGAACUUUA